AUGGCUGCUCCAUUCCAACCUCCUCAGCCUACUCUUGUUGGCCCCGACACUCCAAUUUCUAUCAAAACCCUCUUCGAGGGCUACAAUCGACGCUUCAAGCUACCCUUGCGAGAGCUUGGUGCCUACUCCCUGCCACAGAAGAUUCGCCAAUUUCUAAGUAUCCCUGAUGACGCCAAUAUCACACUCGAACGUUAUUCCGACAGUGCUGGCUCCUAUGUGGUCCUCGACAGCGAGAAUAUUUCUGUAUACAAGCAACUCUAUCGUGCUGCGAAGGCCAAAUUGAAGCUUCAAAUCAAGGUAACUCGGGUUCAAAAUCAUGAGCCUGAGCCUGAGCCUGACAACAGGCUGCCAUCCCCACCUCCCGAAAGCACAGAUGUCCAGCAAGAACAGCCCCAGCAGCGAUGCAGCUACCUCGACACGGUUCUACGUGUCCCCAUCGACGGGUUGGUCAAUCAAGUUGAUCAUUCUACCUCUGCAGCUCCUGCACCGCCUCCCUUGAAAGCCUCCAUGUUCCCGAACGUUCCAGCAGAGAACCCAGCUGAGGACGACAACAAGAUAUCUACUCAGGCAGAACCUCAGCAAGGCAUGGAGCUCGCGAAAUCGAAUCCUGCGUCAGCACCUGCAGUUAUGUGUGCUGGUGGCCCUAAUUUCGUUCCGCCAUCCCCAAUUUGCAUUGACUGUAAUCACUGCGGCACCGGUGUUCCCGAUGCCCAUUACCAUUGCAGUAUUUGUGAUGAUGGUGAUUAUGAUCUGUGCCAGAAAUGCAUCGAUGCAGGUGUCCUCUGUCCCGGUGAAGGGCAUUGGUUGAUCAAGCGCACUGUCAGCGACGGUAGAAUUAAGUACAACAUUACGGAGACCAUUGCUCCAAGGAAAAUCCCCGAGCCAGAACCUCAAGUGGAGCUCAGCAGCACUAGAGAGCAUACCACUCCUAUAGAAAUUGAGGAUACAAAGGCUGGAGAACGGACCUGCAAUGCUUGUUUCAGAUGCUUCAACGAGAAAGAACUCGUUAACUGCCAGGAUUGCGGAGACUAUGACCUGUGCUUCACUUGUCUUCUCGCGGACAGACAUGGUCAUCAUCCUGGGCAUUCUUUCUCCCUUAUAGUAGAUGGCGAGUUCCAAUCAAAGAGUCUUGUCAUGUCGACUUGCCAGCCUGGACGUGGUCGUUACCACGCUGCAAUCUGCGAUGGAUGCAACGAGUCUAUAAAAGGCGUCCGGCAUAAGUGUCUCAACUGUCCGGACUGGGAUUAUUGUUCAGAGUGUGUCAGGAACGCCACCGAAUUGCACCCUGGUCACCGCUUUGCUCCGCUUUAUACUCCUAUUCCGGAGCCGCAUGGUUAUCUCCAGAUCCACUGUGGCGUUAUCUGUGAUGGCCCUCUCUGCUCUGCGACAUCUAAGGCGGCUUAUAUCAAAGGAGUUCGUUAUAAAUGUGCCGUUUGCCACGAUACUGAUUUCUGUGGAAAUUGCGAAGCUCAUCCUGACAAUACCCACAACCGCACGCAUCCUUUAAUCAAGUUCAAAACCCCUGUUCGCAAUGCCACAGUCACUACCUUCAGCGAUACUGGCAUCUAUGGGGAAUGUGCUGCUCCACUUGGUGAUCGACCAAGUACGAAAUCAACCUCAACUGAGACUGUGGCGCCUUCGAAAUCAAAUGCUGCCACUCAGGUGCAGACUGAGAAGGCAGUCCAUGAGAACGUCAGUGAUACAGAUUCCAACAUCGCACAGCCAAGCGUUCAAGGAGAAACUACGAACAUCAGAACAGAGCCAGGUUGUACACCUUCCAAACUCCACGCUCUCUUCGUUCGGGACACCAUUCCUGAUGGGUCGCGCUUUGGCCCCAACAAAACAAUCACGCAAACGUGGACUCUGUACAAUCCAGGCCCCAUCCCGUGGCCAAAGGGAUGCAGAGUUCGCUUUGUUGGAGGGGAUACCAUGUUCAACAUCGACACCAAUCAUCCAUCGAGUCUCAGCAAUUUGGAAUCCGCGAUGGAAACGCAAGAGCUUACUACACCCGUUCCCCCAUUUGCCUCUGCUAAUUUUACUAUUGAACUAAAGACCCCUUAUCGUGAAGGCCGGGCCAUUUCUUACUGGCGUCUCAAGACACCUGACGGUGCUGCUUUUGGCCACAAGCUUUGGUGUGAUGUGGACGUCCGAGAUUCGGUUGAGGAUUCGGAGGCACUUCCAGAGCAGACCGAAAAUAACAAACAGCUCUCUGUCGAAACAGCGGAACCGAGUGUUGAACCGUGCACAGAAGCCGGUGAUGCUGAAGCUUCUCAGGGAGAGUCUCAGUCUGAGAGCGUAAUGAUAUUCCCCAAACUGGAGACAGAAUCACCCUCCGCGAGUACCCACAAAUCAGCCUCUCCUACAGUUCUCCCGGCCAGUGAACUUCCUGAGAAUCGCAAUCUGCCGGAUGAUGUCGAGAGCCUCACUCUUGAUGAUGAGCACUCGACUGAAGACGAUUUCCUGACAGAUGAAGAAUACGAUAUACUCGACGCCAGUGACCAGGAAUUUUCUCUUGAAGCUCAGAAGCCAGAGAAGCAUUAAAGGAUCUAUCUUUUCGACUCUUUCACAAAUGUACUUGACUUGAUGCUUGUCCCUUCUGGUUAAUUGUCUGCCUUUUUUCAUACCUUUUCUUCCAACUUUUCCCUUUCCCUUUUUCUUUCUUUUUCUCUGAUACGAAAAAGCAGAAAAUCGAGAACUAAGAAAGCUGAGAUAUUAAUGAAUAUUUCUUCUUUUGUAUUUCUCUCGUCUUUUGCCACUCCUUUCUGCAUUUUUUGGUACGUUAUUUGUCUUUUCGGAUGUCUAACAAAGGCGAGCAAAUAUACCGGGAUGUGCCUUGAUGGGAAACGACUAGCGGGUUAUAUAUGCGGACGAUGAUUCUGGCGACCGGAUGAUGUCUUGUUGGAUGGGGGGAGCUGCGCUUAUCAGGGCAGCGAUGCACUUGACAUUAGCGAAGGGGAGGUAAGCUGUGAAAGGAGACAGAUGGGCGGUGAUGACAUGGGCGACCGAAUUACUUCUUAAUUUUCUAAAAUUCUUUUAGGCUCCCGUGCAAUUGUUUUGUCCACAAAUUUCUUGUUACCUGCGUAGUUCUCCUCUCACUCCCGUUCUGCAAUAUCUUUUCUGCCUUCCGUCUCGUUGGAGAAGCAAAGUUUAGUUUAUUAUUUGGUUGUCCAAUUGCCCACCCUCGCCCUGAAGCCCCUAGUCGAUCAUUUGACUUCUAUUUGCUUUUCGUAGGUUUCAUAGUUCAAAAAUGAGAUUUCAUUCAUACGAAAUA